GCUCCCUGAUCUACACUAUGAUAUCCCCAGCAAGCCAGUCUGCCUAAAGGCCAGUGCCUACACUUGGCUUUCUCUGCAAGGGCUGUGACCAGUAUUGCUAGUCGUGAUAAGUUACCACACAGCUCCUUCUAAGCAAGCACGUUUACUCUUAAGGGAAAAACGUUGGAGACAGCCUAGAAUAACAAUAAAAGAACACCAAAGGUCACCCCAAUGCCAGUCUGGGGUUCUGAGUUGGGAUGCCGAACUGGGGAGGAGGUAACAAGUGCAGUGCCUGUGGACGAACAGUCUACCAUGCUGAAGAGGUUCAGUGUGAUGGGAGGAGUUUCCACAGAUGCUGCUUUCUCUGCAUGGUUUGUCGGAAAAACUUAGACAGCACAACUGUAGCAAUUCAUGACGAUGAGGUUUACUGCAAGUCCUGCUAUGGAAAAAAGUAUGGACCUAAAGGCUAUGGGUAUGGCCAAGGAGCAGGCACGCUCAACAUGGACAGAGGCGAGAGACUGGGCAUCAAGCAUGACAACACACCAUCUCCUCACCGACCUACAACAAGUCCAAAUACUUCAAAGUUUGCUCAGAAAUUUGGAGGUGCAGAGAAAUGCUCCAGAUGUGGUGAUUCUGUUUAUGCUGCUGAGAAAGUAAUAGGAGCUGGAAAGCCUUGGCACAAAAACUGUUUCCGAUGUGCUAAGUGUGGGAAGAGUCUAGAAUCCACAACCCUGACUGAAAAAGAAGGUGAAAUUUAUUGUAAAGGCUGCUAUGCAAAGAACUUUGGCCCCAAAGGAUUUGGAUAUGGCCAGGGAGCAGGUGCCCUUGUUCAUGCUCAGUGAAGGAGUAAAAUCCAAGACUGAUCAUGAUUCACCGAGACGCCUUCUCUGCAACGAGGCGCAGCUUAAGUGUUACUAGUUACUGUGAAACUGACACUAGUGUAUUAUAAUAUUGCUUAGAUCGAGCUUUUACCAAAUACUAAAGCACUACAUAUUUCUCUAUUUUUCUUGUGCACCACAUGUUAAUGAACACUCUAUUAGCACUGUCAUUCCACUUCAAUAAAGCUUUGCAUAUUGUGA